AUGGUGAUACAUAAUUCAACCUCAUCUAAAAAAGGUAAUUUAUGGUUAUUCUGGAAUGCUUCUUUAUCUACUCCUCAAGUUAUUUCAAUGUCUAUCCAAAUGGUAACUGUUAGUAUUGGUGAAGUAUUAGUUUCUGGUGUUCAUGAUCAUGUUAAAAAAAGUCAAAGAAAGUUUCUAUGGUCAGUGAUGGAAAUCAUUAGCCAGCUACAAAAACCAUGGGUUGUUUUAGGUGAUUUUAAUGCUAUAAUUUCACCUGAAGAGAAAUUUGGUGGUAAAGCUCCAAACAGAAUUUCAAUGAUGGAUUUUAUUCAUUGCCUUAAUGAAUGUAACUUAAUUCAAGCUUCUAGUACAGGUCAGCAAUACACUUGGUCCAAUUGUCAACAAGGAACAAAAAGAAUCCUAUGUGUUCUAGAUAGAAUUGUUUUUAAUUCUUUAUGGUUACAGAAGUAUGGUGAUUGGGGAUAUAAGGUUGGAUUGAGGAUAGUUUCAGAUCAUGCUCCAUUAUUAUGUGGUUGUGCAAGCAUACCCAGACCAAAGAAUCUUCCCUGGAAAUUUCAGAAAAUGUGGAUUGAUCAUCCAUCAUUCUUAAGUGAAAUGCAGAAAGUAUGGACUGAGAAUAUUAUUGGUGAUCCAUCUUUUAUUUUCAUGCAUAAGAUAAAAAAGCUAAAAAAGUUCUUAAGUGAGUGGAAUUGGAGUGUAUUUGAUCUUUUGGCCAACUUAGUAGCAGCACAAAAUGAACAUGCAACAAGAGAAGUUCAAGCAAAUACUCUUAUGAGACUUAAAUCAAGAGAAAAAUGGAUUAAAGAUGGUUCUGCAAACACUGCAUACUUCCAUGCUAGAAUGAAGAUUAGACAAGCAAGAAAUACAAUUAGUGAACUAGAAGAUGCAAAUGGUAAUAUUAUUAAUGAUCAAUCUCAAAUUGCAGAUACUUUAGUCAAGCAUUUUCAACAAAAAUUUGAAGCUCAAGAUGUUAAUGUUUCUGAAGAAUUGCUUGAUGUUAUUCCCUCAGUUAUUACAGAUGAAGACCAAGAAAUGUUGGACUCCAUUCCCACCACUGAAGAAAUCAAGAAAGUUAUUUUUGAAAUGGACUCAGAUAGUGCCCCUGGUCCAGAUGGAUUUCCUGGAUCCUUUUAUAAAAGUGCUAAGAAAGCAAGUCAAUAUAGACCAAUUGGAUUGAGUAAUGUAUUGUUCAAAAUUUUCACAAAGAUAAUUUCUGUCAGAAUGAAUAGACUCAUGGAGAAGUUAAUUUCAUCACAACAGGCUGCUUAUGUUAAAGGAAGAAGCAUUCAAGAACAAAUACUUCUAGCUUCAGAGAUGGUAAAUGAAAUGAGGAAAAAGAGAAGAGGUGGUAAUGUGGCUUUUAAACUGGACAUAUCACAGGCUUAA